CGCGUCGCGGCGUGGUGACGCGGGUGUCUGCGCGUGACGUUGCGGCGGCUUUCGUCCUGCUCCCGGUCUCGUCCUCGCCGCCCCUCGCCCCGUUCCGGCCUGCGCCCGCCGCCCGCUGCCGCCAUGGCGAACGUGGCCGACACGAAGCUCUACGACAUCCUGGGGGUGCCGCCCGGGGCCUCCGACAACGAGCUCAAGAAGGCAUAUCGAAAGCUGGCCAAGGAAUACCAUCCUGAUAAGAAUCCAAAUGCAGGGGACAAAUUCAAAGAAAUAAGCUUUGCCUAUGAAGUAUUGUCAAAUCCAGAGAAACGUGAGUUAUAUGAUAGAUAUGGAGAACAGGGUCUUCGAGAAGGUAGCGGUGGAAGCAGUGGAAUGGACGAUAUUUUCUCCCAUAUCUUUGGUGGUGGAUUGUUCAAUUUCAUGGGUGGUCAGAGUAGAAGUCGUAAUGGUAGAAGAAGAGGAGAAGAUAUGAUGCAUCCACUCAAAGUCUCUUUAGAAGAUCUGUAUAAUGGAAAGACAACUAAACUACAGCUUAGCAAGAAUGUCCUUUGUAGUGCAUGUAAUGGGCAGGGAGGGAAGGCUGGAGCUGUUCAGAAAUGUAAUGCUUGCCGGGGUAGAGGUGUACGUAUCAUGAUCAGACAGCUGGCUCCUGGAAUGGUUCAGCAGAUGCAGUCCGUAUGCUCUGACUGCAACGGAGAAGGUGAAGUAAUUAAUGAAAAAGACCGCUGUAAAAAAUGUGAAGGGAAGAAGGUGAUCAAAGAGGUAAAAAUACUUGAAGUCCAUGUAGACAAAGGCAUGAAACAUGGGCAAAGAAUUACAUUCAGUGGAGAAGCAGAUCAGGCUCCAGGUGUGGAACCAGGAGAUAUUGUCCUCUUACUCCAAGAAAAGGAGAAUGAGGUCUUCCAGCGGGAUGGAAAUGACUUGCAUAUGACGCACAAGAUUGGACUUGUUGAAGCACUGUGUGGAUUUCAGUUCACAUUUAAGCACCUUGAUGGACGUCAAAUUGUGGUUAAAUAUCCUCCUGGAAAAGUAAUUGAACCAGGUUGUGUUCGCGUAGUCAGAGGUGAAGGAAUGCCACAGUAUCGUAAUCCUUUUGAGAAGGGGGAUCUUUACAUUAAAUUUGACGUUCAGUUUCCUGAAAAUAACUGGAUUAGCCCAGAAAAGCUUUCACGGCCGCUGCUGACCUCGGCACAUGCGGAGCUGCGGUAGGGCAGAUGACCGCUUUCAUCCUGGGCAUGCUGUCUUCUUGAUAAUGAAAGGAUUUUAAUGGAAUAAAGGAAUCGUCCCAGAUUUGGAAUAAGCUCUUCAGAAAUUAGUUCCUUCAGCAGUUACUUCUGUCACUCUCCUCUUCUCAGAGGAAAUGCAGUGUUUUAAGAGACCAGAUGAAAAAGCUCUGAAACCUGAGCAGGUCAGACAGGAUUAUUCUAACAGCUUUAUCAGUGUUCUAAGUAUCACAUAAAGUGGGGAGAAGGCAUUUUCAUAUGUGAACCAGAAUUCAUUGGUGCAGAGUCGAUACAAAUCUUUAUGUAGUUAGCCAGGUUUGGAGAAGCUUCCUCUUCCCCUUCCUUCUGGGCCUCAAGAAACCCAGCAGGUAAGGAGUACAGUAUGAAAUCAUGAACUGUCUCUCAAGAAGAGAGUCACCAUGCAAGAAGUGUUGGGAGAAUUAUUUGAUCAAAGAAAUGAUAUGAUGCCAGAACAUACACUAUCCCAAAGAACUAACAUGAAGGCAGUGCACUGCCAGGAGCUGGUUUGUCUCUUAGGAGUUUUAGUAUGCCUGGAGGUUCCCUUUACGAUGGUGCCAUCUAAGAAUUCUGGCAAAGUGCAAAAUAACACUGUGCCCAGAAAGAGUAAAGAAGGGUGCAAACUGACCUAAAGCUGUCUUUGCUAAAGUCUUCACCAAAUUUCAAAGGAAAACCCUCAGUCUGUAGAGAGGCUUGUGUGGCUUGGAUUUGGUAAUGGCGAUAGGAAAGAUUUGAAAAGGUUUCCCCUGAGGAGGCCAUAAAAAUGUGAGGUGCUUUUAAUCCCAGAAGAGCAACAUGGUAUUUCAGCUAUUUCUGAAUUUCAGAAUUUGUCCACUCUUGGCUGCUCCUCAUUGUUUCAUUUUCAUUGCCAUUGCUUUGUGCCUCCUCUUGAUGGUUGUCAGGCAAUAACACACUAUGAAACAUUGUGCUAUUUCCUUAGCAUAAGCUGAGUCUGGUUUUGCUGUGACUUGCACAAACAAGCUGUAUAAUAAGAGAGCUGGCAAA